AUGCCAGUCCAAAUUGAUACUAUAAACGAAGGAGAUGGUACCAAUUUUCCAAAAAAUGGACAAAAAGUUUCUUGCCAUUAUAUUCUGAAAUUAGAAAAUGGACAACAAAUUGAUUCUUCUCGUGAUCGUGGACGUCCUUUUGAGUUUACAAUUGGAAAAGGAGAAGUUAUUAAAGGAUGGGAUGAGGGUGUUGCUAAGGUUUGUUUGUUUACAUUUUAA